GCCAGUCUACUUGAAUUGCUUGGCACUGUGAAAUUUGGUGUUGGCGCGCUUUCAAUCUCUGUCUCAGCUAUGCCGAAGUCUAAAGAAUUGAUCUCCUCUGAUGAUGAUUCUGGUUCCGACACCGAACCAAAGCCUAAAAAGAAGAAGGUUGAGAAAAAGCCAGAGAAAAAGGAAGAGAUAAAGCCUGAUAAGAAAUCUUCCAAAACAUCAGCUGGAGAAAAUAUGUUUCAGUUGUCUCGCAUGAGGUUUGCCACGGUCAGUGAAUUCCGGGGGAAGGUGAUGGUCGGAAUCCGGGAAUACUAUGAGGCUGAUGGAGACCUUCGUCCAGGGAGAAAAGGAAUCUCAUUAACCUUGGAACAGUGGAAAAGUUUAAAAGAUCAGAUGGAUGAUAUUGACGAAGCUAUCAAAGAUCUGGAAUGAAGACAGGUCUCGCAUCAUUGAAAACGUAAUGCUUGAACCCAUGGUCUGCCGAUUCCUGACACUGUUUUAAAAAUGUCCCCAACAAUGGAAGUCGGGGGUUGCAUUUAAAUGACAAGAAUUGUUUUCUUGUGAAAUAGUGUUUGAGUAUUGAAGCAGUCCAUUAGAAUGGUGCACAUCUGAUGAAUUGUGUACCUUGAGAAUUAAAACAAAUUAUGAGUCUAAAAACAGAAAAUAUGGUAAAAUAACAAACAUUUUCCUUGUAUAAUAUUAUAAUUUGAGCAUUAAGGUUUUUAUUAUAUCGGGCAGUCCUUGCAAGUUUCCAUUAUUUGCAUACCUGCAGUAUAAAACCAAAUACUUAAAAUGUUUUAUUAGUACAUACUUGGCGACCUACAAGUAAGUUGAGACUUUAUGUAAAUUGGAGGGCGGGAUCUAGCUUAAGCAGUAGAGCGCUCUCCUGAGGUGCUUGUGUCAUAGGAUCGAAUCACCUCAGUGGACCCGUUCUCUGACUUUUUUCCCAUCUCAUACAAUGCACCAUGACUGGUGCACCAAAGGCCAUGAUAUGUGCUGUCCUGUCUGUGGGAAAGUGCAUGUAAAAGAUCCCUUGCUGCUAAUGAAAAAAUGUAGCGGGUUUCCUCUGACUGAGGAGAAAAGUAUCAAAUGUUUGCUAUCCAAUAGCCGAUGAUUAAUAAAUCAAUGUGCUCUAGUGGUGUGGUUAAAAAAAAACUUUAACUUUAAACUCAUGUGAAUCAUGUUUGAAUAUGAACACAUAUUUGUUUUCAGUGACAGUAAAAUGUUGUCCCAUGGCAAUUUAACAGUUAUUAAGCCUGAAGCACAUAACUUCUUAAUAACUUGUUACAAACUGUUGUUAUGAUGUGGUCAUCACCUUUACCUUUGUGAAAAGACGUUUAAAGAAUCUUAUUUCAUAUACACUGUAUGUUUUGGUCUUUCUGUUUACACAAUAUUGUGUUCCAUUUGUCAGUUGUCUUCUAUUAUUGCUGUUUAGUUGGGGGGUUUUAGUUUUAGUUUUCUCAUGAAUUGUCUACAUCAUUCAUUUUAGUGUCCUUUAUAAACAUCUUCCAUGAUCAUUAUAUUCAAAUGUUAGUAAAUGAUUGUGCAAUAUUGAAGUAAAUAAAUUACUCAUGUCUUUGUUAACAGGCAACUGUUAUAUUAUUUUGACAAAUAACAGAUGAAGCACUUCAAAACCGUACCGUAUUAUUUCAUACAAAUAGUGAUACACAUGGGUUUUUUCCUUUUAAAUUACGACAUAUUGAAUGACACAUCACUAAGUUAACAUUUAACAACAAACAUUUCAUCUAUAAGAUUGCGACAGAAAAUCCUACCCCAUUUCAUGCAGGGCUUCUAGAUUAUGGUAGCCCCAUAGUGAUAUUCAAUGUUGUGCUAGUAAAUAACUAAUAUUACAAUGCCCAACGGCUAGUGAAAAUAAAAGUUGCAUUUUAGUCUUAUUUUUUAAAUA